GUCAUCCCUCAUGUUGCAGUGUUGUGCUGUACUCUGAGAAAUUGUGUGCGUUGUUCUCUGGUUCCCUCUAGUCGUAGUCGUUGGUCGUCGAUCAAAAAGACCCCCAAAAGUCUGCCCUGAUGGAUUGAUGCGCCAUAGUGAGAAUGUCUUGUGGCUUUCAUGGUCUUUUCGUGGAUCGUUGCGUCCAGACCUCGCGUUGCAGGUGAUUGAGACUGCUGGAUAUUUCAAGGUGCCCGUAUUGGCGAGUUGGGUACUGUACUGGCAAGCGAGCGACCGAAGAACUCCCCCGCAUUAUCGCCCUGCGGUGACUGUUGUCCUUGGGACCUUGGGACCUUGGUCUCUCUGCGGUACGUUGUACCUUUGGCACCCUGCAUUGGGUCAUCAAACCACGCCCCUCCGCCACUCCAGCCACGAACCAUCACAACGAGAGAGCCAACCUUGGACGAGGUGGUGGAGGAAGAAGAAGCAGAAGAGGAGGAAUUCUCCCAUCGUUCGGACAAUCCUCUCUGCGGCGACGCCUGACCGCUGAAUCGAAUCACAUCACAUCACAUCACACGCUGCCAUUGCGAGUCACAAGUCGAUCCUCGACUCACCCUCCGACCAAAGACGGAAUCCCGCUCCCACUCACUCCCACGCCUCACCUCGCCCUGCUUUGCGAAGAUCACUCACUUUGCUCUCUACGCCGCUUCCCGCCGUAGCCCCAGCAUUCGCUGUUCCUGCUGCCGUCGGCCUGCGCCUUCCGCUGUAAUGGAAUUGGCCAGCGUAUGACAGAACUACCUGGGGUUUCUGGUGUCGUGGAAGGUCAAGCCCAAGCCCAGGGUAAGGGCUGGGCCCAGCACGCUCAAGUGGUUCCUUCUCGUUUGCCAUUCCAAGCACCCGAUAACAAUGCUCAAGACCAUGCCGAACCUAUGUCUAGAACCGAACCUCCAGAACCUACCUCGACGGGUUCUCCGCUCUUCGGCAGCUCUUCCACGCAGAGAGCUCCUUCCAACCAUGUCCUCCCUUCUAGGCGCCUCCAGGAGCAGAACAAUGCCGCAUCGAUGUUAAGGGUUAUUUCAAGAGCGCCCAGCGUUUCAAGAGACAAUGGAGACGGUGGAAGGCCGUCAUUCGGCUCACGGGGUCGAGAGAUCCCCUUUGCCCAUAUGCGUGUGCAUUUCGAGGACUUCGCAAAACAACUUCGCUUACAUCGACACCAUGAGUACCGUAAGCGAAUGCUCUACCACCAACGAGACCGCCUACGAAAUGCUAUCGCUCUUUCUGGCCGUCUACAGCGUGUGGGUUCCUGGGUGCAUGAUGGCCUGGUUCAGAUCUCUCAACAGUCGGAUCCCAGUGGUUUCACCCGAGUACAUCAACACAUGCAAGAUCUGGCCGCCCGCUGUCAUUCUCAGUGGAAUCAUGAAAUCCACGCCCUUGAUUCUACCUCUACAAUGGCAUCAAAAUCGUCUGUGCAGGAUUCCUUUUUCGCUAGGUUGUCACCUGCCAUCCAGGAGGACUGUCUCGAACUCGUACAAACCUUGCGGAGCAAUCCCCGGUUUCUUGUCGAGAGGUUCAAGGCAAUGAACCCCGAACAGGUUAAGGGUCUCUCAACAUCACCCAAGUUCAAGAAGCUCCCCGAGUCGGUCCUCGUAUCACUAUCGCAAAAUCGCGGCCGCGAGUCGCAGCGCAGGCGGGCUAGAUCUAAUUUUAAAGACUUUGAGGACGACACACAAUUGAUACGGAGCAAAGCCUAUUCCAAGGAGCUCGAAGACUAUGCAUCAUCUUUUGAACGGUCGAAUCCUUUGUCUUUCCUUGUCCACAACAUUUACGGUUCUACGCAAGAUGUUCUGAACAAGGAAAGCAACUUACGACUUUAUACAUGGUCGACGAUUUGCGCGAGUUUGAUGCUAGAAUCUAUGCCGACAUUCGAUGCGAUCAUUGGCGAAGUCCUAUCAGCAUUCGCACACUUAUACGAAUGGCAGAUCAAAGACCGCUUGGAAAUAUUCUUGAUGGGCAGUUUACAGCGAGGUGCGUUCCUAUAUAAUUCUCUGGAAAGCGCGGCUGCGGCUCCUAGGACGGAUCUCGGGCCUUUCGAUCCAUCGAACACUCCUCAAGCCCAAGCAUUCUUUGAUGCAGAAGUCAAGGAACUUUUCCAGAUCUUGUGCUGCGAUGGAGGUAUACCUGCGGGCGCGCUGUACUUGGGUCGGGCGAUUAUUGGGAAACUUCCCACCGUGGAGAGCCAGAGCGCAUUUCGGGGCCAUUUCUUCUUCAGGUGGUUUUUGCAAGAUUUCCUGCGCAUUGCCAUCUCCUUUCCAGAGGAUGAAAAAAUGCUCCUCCAAUUCCAUAUCAAUAGCAGGGCUAGGUUCCAUCUGCUUCACAAGCUCUGGGAUCGAGCGGUUGCCCGUGCCACCGAGACUUUCAGCCCAAUAACCGCACAACAGGUCGACCAAGAUGUUCAAAAUUGUGUAAACGGUAUUAUAAGCCGAAUCUCGGCAGAUAUCCACUGUUCCAAUCCCUAUCGACCAGACCCGCCUUCGAGAACCAUCGUCGAACCGACCGACUCGCCCUACAUCUCGAUCUGCGCAGCAGACCUUGCUCAUCUGCUGGAGAAACUGAGACCCCAGGUCCUUCAUACCUCGAGUCCUUUUGGGCCAUUCUUGAGCUCCUCACAAACGACGUUCAAUAUGCAGUAUUCUCGAGCCAGUCCGAAGUUUGAACGACUGUGCAGACGUAUACUGGAUGUCAUCGAGCCUGGCCAUUCGUCGAAGAACGUUCACCCACGCCAAGAAAAUUGGACUCUGCUAUUAGUCUCAGAGACAGGGAAGAUAUCGAUAGCAUCGACUGGAUUGUUGAUGGAGAAGUCGGCGACUAUAGACGGUCUGGGUGAACUUGAUCCAGCAGAAAGUGCCGCGCUUCGCCUGGCAGACCGGCCAACAACCCUGCAUAACCGACAAUCCGCCGAUCAGAUACCAACUAAAGGAGUUGACAAUCUCAGCCUCGCCGAGAUGUUCGCCGCUCAGGCGAAUAUGUCUCACAUAAAGACUGACAGCAUUACCUCUAUGUACUGGCAUGAUGCGCUCAAAUAUCUGCGGAACUGUUACCCACUAACUGUUCUAACGGGUGAUGAUACGAAGGUGCUCGGGCCAUUAACCCACAAACUGAUGGGGUGUCGACAAGAGCUUGAGAAUGAAUGUUUACAGGUGGAGCAGGAAGUGGCAGAACUGGCAGCAUCAUAUGCUCUUACAAGAGAAGAUCUAUCUAAAGCUGCAGGUUGGCUUGAUAAACUUCGACUCAAGCUGUGGUACGAGAGCCAUGUGCUGACCUCGAAUGUCUACGACAAUGCCAGGAAUAUCGCGGUCGCGCUGAACAACAUGGCACUGCCGCCUAUUCAGAGAUUCGCGUCUGCUCAGGAACCAAACAGCUUACUAGAAAUGAGUCGACCGGGCACAUCUGCAACGUCCGCAUCUUCGGUUUUUGAUCAGCCGAGAAUUGACACCAUCACGAUCCUAAAAGCAUCAGUGGAACAUGGUGGACCUCGGAAGCUAUCAGAUCCACAGAUCGAGAAGACAAGAAAGUGGCUUGAGCGGAAUCACGUGGAAAACUUCUGUCGGGGCGAAGAGAGAAUUCAUCGAUUCUGCAUGGAGGUCAAGCUAGUCACCCGGAGAUUGGUCGGAGAGACCUUGGCCGACAGCCCUGUCCUUUGGUCCAGCGAACUCUUUGCGAGGGAGAAAUCUCUGUACGACAUCCAUGCGGUCUUUGGAGGACUCCCGAGCACCAGGCCCCCGAGUGUGAUGAGCGAACCACUUUCAUCCACUUCUUUCCCAAUACGCGCUGCCUUCUUAGGCUCAAGAACCUCGAUCUACGGCGGUUCAAGCAGACUUGGAAAAGACAGCCUGGGCAGUGACAUGGCGUCCUUCAUUAGCUCCCCUGGACGAGCUACCACUUCCACAACUCUGGAGAGCAGCAUCUGGUCACCCGCUCAAUCGAACUCCAGGUCAGUCACCUCAGCCUCUGUACAGUCCAGGCCAGCCUCGACAUUCGAAGACAGCGCAUUGAACCGACCCAUUGACCGUGGUCAAGAAAAGGCCAGCUUCCUGGAGAGCCUGCGACAAGACCUGAUCUCGUUGUUGCUAUCGGAUCUUGGAUGCCCGGUUUGGAGCUGUGGAAGUGAAAGUGAUACAUGGAUGAACGCAGCGUGGCAGACCCCAGCGAUUGUUGACCGCUUAAUGCAGCGUACCGUCCUGGCUCAGCUGCUCCCUCCUCAAUCAAGAACUGGAAGCUCCACGAAAACCUCCCAUCCAGGAAGCACGAGGAAACAGAAGGGGCGAAGUCAGAGUGUAGCACCGCUGCCACGCUCACCGACCAGACACAACGCAACCGUUGCCCCAGGCUCACUGGAAAAACUACUUACCAUUGGCAAUGGGGAGUUGAGCACAGGGAGCUUUCCCUACUUGACAGCAUUCGACGACGUUCUCGGUCGAGUAAGGGAUCACACAGAUCCCAUCCUGAAACUCAAGGCCAUUCGGGAUUUCAGAUGCUUGUCACAAGCUUUUCAGCGAACUCAUCAACAAGCCAUUCAGAAAGCCAACUCGGCGGGGCAAGAUGUUGAUUCCCAGGACCCGACACGACGGCGAAGCCUUGAUCCGAACGUGCUAUCACAAAAUCUACGUCGUCGACAGCGCCAGGGCAAGAUUCGAAGGCCAGAUGCGACUGAAUCUUCUGCUGGCGAGAGCGCCACUGUCCAAUUUCUGAAGGACCUUCUCUUUGUCCUUCGGCCGAAGACAAUCUUUCGGGAUCUGCAAUAUAUCGCUGCAUUCGUGUCCUCAGAAAUACUGGACGAUACGGAACUGGGUCCUGCAUUCCUGCACGUGGGGCUGGCAGCGUUGGCAUGGAAGGACGAGGUAUGUCGCGGCAUGGUCGAUGUGGCGGAUCGAAUUGUCGCCAAAGACGCGAUCAAGAGGAACGUAUCAAGUGGCACCCGCCGGGAGCCGUCGGUCCUCAAGGCAAUGGAGUACUGGAUCAUCGGCGCUCAGGAAAGCAACGCCAUUGCACAACGAGAGUUGGCGAGCCUGUAUCUCACCCACCCAGACGUCCCUCCGAUCGUGAGUCUCCCGCUCGCGUUGUCAUCGGAGAUUUUCAAGCGCGAAAUGAGGUGGAAAGAAGAUGAUGACGACGAAGAAGAAGGAUGGCGCCGUAACAGUCAGGCGCUAUGCCUCGCCCUGCACUGGAUGCAGGAGGCUGCUAAAAAUGGGGAUACUGUGGCCCAAACCAAACUGGAAGAGCGUGAAGCCGGCCGUUCAAUUCGAUGAGGUGACACUGUUUUUAUUAUCACGACUUCUUUGCCCCGGCGGUGAGCAGAAGGCUUACCCGUUUGUUUUUAUGGGGGUGGCUUGAAUGACUUGACUACUGAUAUGGAACUCUCUGGCGACGGGCGAAUUGGCUUUACAGGAGUUUUGGCUAUUCGGGCAUUCUGUUCGUUCAUGACCGUUUUUGAGAGUGUAGCAACUCGAGCGAUACACGUGUACUUGUGCUACGGGUGGCAGAUUGCAAUUUGGCGAGUUAAAAUUCUGUUUGGAGGAUACCCAGGUAUGGCUCGAUUGGAAUGAGCGUCCAGCGGGACCGGAUCAACACCUGGCGGCCAGGGAGGAGGUCUUCGAAGCUUUGCAUCUCUCUGUGUUGAAUGGAUGGACAGAUGAUGGGCAAUGCGUUUUGCCAUGUGUGAGCUAGUUACUGGUGAAAUGCACGAACGAGCUGUGCAGUUGGGUAGAAACCCUUUUUUUUUCA